AUUAAAGAAACAACUGUAUUAUAAUUGUUCGGAACUUUUGAUAUUCUUAGUUUUACCCUGCCCGGACUAACAAUUUAGCAACCAUUUAUCGACCGGACUAAUACAACGACGUCACCGUCGCGAGGUUUUAUGCGCACUUUUCGGCCGGUUCACGCUGGGCAAAAAAGAAAAAAUAUUGCGUCAGUUGGCUGGAUGAUUUGUCAGGGACCAUACGUUCUCCGUGCCCAGUCAAAACACAAAACGUGGUUUAUUUUUUAUGUAUUUAUAUAUUUAAAUUAAUAUUAAGUAGGAAUAUGAAAAACCACAAGUGAAAAUACAGUCCACUAAGAUUCCAAAAAGGGGAGCAAUCCCCCACAUUUUUUGGCCUUCGAACCGAGAUAGAGUGAAUUUGCGAAUUGGUGAAGCUAUUUUAAUUGGCAGAAGCAAGUGGGUAAGUCCUGUUUAUCACAUCCUUUGCUUAAGUGGAUUCGAAGUUGCUAAUAAAGUUACUUUAUUUUGUGUGUUGUAAAUUGGUUUUAGUCUAUUUUGUGUUUUUAAAAUGGAGGAAAAACAAAAGUUUAUUAAGAGUAGAAGUUCCUUUAAGGGGCAGUUAACUAUUUUUAAAAAGGUUUUUGAGGGGUUUCAGGGUAAAACCUCCUUAAGUGAUGUUGAACUAAGUGAGGUACAAGAAAGGCUGACUAAAUUAGAUAUUCUUUACGAUAAGUUUGAAAAUGUUCAAAAUGAGUUAGAGAUGCUGGCUGAAGACAUAGACGUAGAGCUAAAAGAAAGAUCCAUGUUUGAGGAUGGAUAUUUUGCGUUAAAAUCUCAAGCUAAAGUUAUGUUAAAAGGUUUUACACUCGAAGUGGAUGAUUCUUCUAGUUUAAAUGGUAGUGGUAGUCACAGGAGCAGUCACAGAUCUAAUAACAGUCACCGGUCAAUGUCAGCUGAUUUAAGGGGGGUUAAAUUACCUGUAAUAACAUUGCCUAAGUUCUCGGGGGACUACAAAGCUUGGCUAGAGUUUCGUGAUAUUUUUAGUAGUCUUAUACACGAAAAUGAAACUUUAACAUUAAUUCAGAAGUUUCACUACCUACGUGCAUCACUGGAGGGCGUUGCAGCACAAGUUAUAAGUUCUUUAGAUUUUUGUAGCACUAAUUACAGCAUAGCUUGGACAACUUUGUGCGACAGGUUUAAUAACAACAAAUUACUUGUUCAUUUGCAUUUAAAAUCUUUAUUUGAUCUUGAACCGAUAAAUAAAGAGUCCGCAGAGAAAAUACGGUUUUUAAUUGACAGCGUGUCAAAAAGUUUAAAUGCUUUAACCGCGUUAAAACAAGAAACAGAGCACUGGGGUACUUUAAUUAUGUACUUGGUUAGUACUAAGCUAGAUCCAAUAACAGAUCGUGAGUGGGAAGAAUUUAAGGGCUCUAAAGAUGAAAUUCUUUCGUGGGAAGAUUUAAAGGGUUUUUUGAAGUCGCGUGCUGAUUUAUUAGAGACUUUGGAGCGAAAAGGGGGUCUAGAAGUACACAAUAAAAAGGAUUCGUCUAAGUUUCAGGAAAAAAGAAGGUACGGUCCUGGAUCUAAAACUUUUCAUGCUAAUGAGGUAAAGUGUGUUUCUUGUAAGGGUAACCAUUCGAUUCUAAAUUGCUCUGACUUCUUAAAGAUGUCAGUAAAUGACCGUGUUGACAAGGUAAAGCAAUUAAGGUUGUGUAUAAACUGUUUGAAAGGUGGGCAUUACAGUAGAUUUUGUCGGUUUAAUGCGUGUAAUAAGUGUAAAUUAAAGCAUAAUAUAUUAUUACAUUUUGACACUCCAAAGGCUGCGGAGCCAGAGGUUAGUGCAGACCAACACCAGCAGCAGGUGUCGCUUUCUUCUUUUAAUUCUGAUGUGCAUGUGCUUUUGUCUACAGUUUUAUUGGAAAUUCAGGAUAUUAAUGGAUCUUGGCAUGUUGCUCGUGCACUUCUCGAUUGUGGGAGUCAGUCAAACUUUAUCUCUUUAGAGUUGUGUGAAAGAUUGAAAAUAAAUAAAGAGGACAUACACAUCACUGUAGGAGGGUUAGGCCAGUCUUCUUCUAGGGUAAAAUAUAGGUGCAAUGUAAGUGUUCAGUCUUUACACAAUGGUUUUAGUACGAAUUUGAAUUGUUUAGUGUUGCCUGAGAUAACUGGGUAUAUACCGAGUGUAAAGCUUGAUGUCAGUAGUCUGGAUAUUCCAAAGAACAUUACUUUAGCUGAUCCUUCAUAUCAUAGACCUGGAAAAGUCGAUUUAUUAAUUGGGAAUGAGUUAUUUUAUCAGUUGCUUUGUAUUGGACAAGUAAAUUUGGGUUCUAACAAGCCUAUUUUGCAGAAAACUAGGUUUGGGUGGGUGAUUUCAGGUCCUAUAGUGGGCUUAAGUAAAAAUCCCGAAGUGUUUUGCAAUUUUAGUAUGAAUUCUUCCCAAUCGAGUGUUGAGUUUGAUUUACAGAGGUUCUGGGAGGUAGAGCACGAUUUUUCGAGUGUUAAAAGGGUGUGGUCAGAGGAGGAGAGCGCUUGUGAGGCUCACUUUAAAGAAACAUUCCAAAGGGACAUCGAUGGGCGUUUUAUUGUUUCAAUGCCUUUAAAAGGUCCAAUAGAUAGCUUGGGUGAUUCGUGGGAAAGGGCACGCCAUCGAUUCCUAUCUUUGGAGCGUAAGUUGCAGUCAAAUGCUGAUUUUAAGAGAAUGUACCAGGGUUUUAUGGAUGAAUAUAGGGACCUGGGUCAUAUGAGUGAAGUUGUCUUAGAAGAUGUGAAUAAGUUUGCUUAUUACAUGCCACACCAUGGUGUAAUGAAGAAAGAGAGUUUGACAACAAAAUUGCGAGUUGUUUUUGACUGUAGUAUGCAAACUUCAACUGGUGUAUCACUUAAUGACUUACAGAUGGUAGGGCCUGUAAUUCAACCCGAUUUGAUCAGCAUUUUAUUAAGAUUUAGGGAGUUUCAGUUUGUUGUAUCUGCAGACGUAGCUAAAAUGUAUAGGCAGGUUUUGAUAGCUCCCAACCAACGUAAUCUGCAGAGAAUUCUUUGGCGCGACUCGACCUCAGAUCCUAUUAAAAUCUACAAUUUGAACACCGUGACUUAUGGCCAGGCAUCGGCCAGUUAUUUGGCAGUGCGGUGUAUAUCUCAGCUUGCUGAUGACUGUGAAGCGGAAAGCCCAGGUGUAUCUAAAGUAAUCAGAAAUUCAUUCUACGUGGAUGAUUACCUCUGUUCUUUUGCUUCAGUAGAAGAAGCUAUAGCUAUGUCCAAGGCAGUUUCUGCAGUAUUGGAAACUGGAAAGUUUCAGCUGCGAAAAUGGAUGUCUAAUGACAAGGAAAUUUUGAGUGGUAUGAGUCACGAUGAUAAAGAGUUUAAUGUGAUAGAAUUUGGUGAGAACGAAAACGCAAAAACCUUGGGUUUAACUUGGUCAUGUGCGUCAGACUAUUUGACUUAUACCAUAGGGAAAUAUGACAUAUGUAAUAAGGUUUCUAAGAGGACAAUUUUGUCUAGUAUCGCUCAGGUUUUUGACCCGCUAGGGCUGCUAUCACCGUGUGUGAUCAUUGUUAAAAUUUUAAUUCAAAAGCUGUGGCUGGAAAAGUUGUCGUGGGAUGAAGCGUUGCCAUCAAAUCUCCAUAAUGUAUGGUUGAAGUUUCGUAUGGAGUUAUACAGUAUAAAUGAUCUUAAAAUUCCGCGACACGCGUCGUGUCCAAAGGCUCUAGUGGUAGAAUUGCAUGGAUUUUCUGACGCAAGCGACGAUGCCUAUGGGGGUGCUAUUUAUUUGCGCACUAUAGAUAGUGAGGGUACUAUUACUGUGAGGCUUUUGUGCGCCAAAAGUAAAGUGAGUCCUUUAAAGCGAUUAACAACGCCGCGCUUAGAAAUUUGUGGAGCUCUAGUGUUAGCGCGUUUACUGGACAAAGUUUUGAAGUCAUUAAAUAUGAAAAUAAAUAGAUGUGUUCUCUGGACUGAUUCAACGAUAGUGAUAGGGUGGCUUAGAACUUCUCCAAACAUGCUUCAAACCUUUAUUAGUAGCAGGGUGUCAGAAAUUCAAUCGUUGACUGCUAACCAGGAAUGGAGGCAUAUUUCAUCCAAACUUAAUCCAGCGGAUGUCUUAUCACGCGGUGUUUCUCCAAAGCAAAUCUUAAAUUUGGAUUUAUGGUGGAAUGGUCCACAAUUUUUGGGAGGAGAUGAAGAUACUUGGCCCCAGUCUAUCGUUAAGCCGGAAAAUCUACCUGACUUGCGCACAAAAAAGAAAAUUUUUUCUCUCAUGUCUAUUGAGUUUGAUGAGUAUAUUUUUAGUAAGUUUUCUAGCUACAGUAAAUUGGUUCGAGUGACGGCUUGGGUGUUGAGAUUUCGUCAAAAUUGUGUGGCUGAGAAAAACGGAUAUAAUCUUCUUAAGGGUUCUCUUUCUACAAAGGAAAUUAACAACGCAAUAUCAUGCUUAGUGAGGGCUUCUCAAAAAUUAAGUUUUUCUGAGGAAUAUAGUUGUUUAGAACAGGGAAUACCUCUUGAGAACAAGAGCCGCCUUUUGUCUUUAAAUCCUUUUCUAGACGGAAAAGGACUUUUACGGGUAGGAGGUCGACUGCGACAUGCAGAUUUUAGCUUUAACAAAAGACAUCCCAUGUUAAUUUCUCCUAAGCAUCCAAUUGCCAAAUUGAUUUGUGAUUACGAACACAAAAGGUUGAUGCAUGCCGGACCUCAAUUAUUGCUAGCAUCAAUAAGGAAUAAGUAUUGGCCAGUGUCAGGAAGAAAUUUGGUAAGGGCUACAGUUAAAAAAUGUCUAAGGUGUUGCCGGUUUAGCCCUCAAGCCAUAAGGCCUAUCAUGGGUGAUCUUCCUGCUGAUAGAUUAAAUUCUCGAAGUGUUUUUGAAAUUGUCGGUGUCGAUUACAUGGGACCUCUUCAUAUUAAAGAUAAAAAAGGUCGAGGUGCUAAGAUGUCCAAGUGCUAUGUUAGUGUUUUUGUGUGCUUUUUAACUAAGGCACUGCACUUGGAAGUUGUAACCGAUCUUACUAGCGAUGCAUUUUUAUUAACGUUUAGACGAUUCGUGGCUCGCCGCGGCAAACCUAGUCAGGUUUUUUCGGAUAAUGGUCUAAACUUUGUAGGUGCCAACCGAGAACUGAAAGAGUUGGGUUAUUUUUUAAGGGAAAAUGAGAAAAGGUUGGGUGAUAUGUUUGCGCAAGAAGGAGUGCAAUGGCAUUUUAUACCAGCCCAAUCCCCUCACUUUGGAGGAUUAUGGGAGGCGGGUGUAAAAUCCACAAAGCAUCAUUUAAGGAGGGUUGCGGGAAAUGCGAAUUUGACAUUUGAGGAAAUGACAACUUUAUUAGCUCAGAUCGAGUCCAUCUUAAACUCCCGUCCCCUUACCCCUCUCUCACCCGAUCCAAACGAUUAUUGUCCUUUGACUCCCGCCCACUUUUUGAUUGGGAAGAGCCUAGAGGAGCUGCCAGAUCCAGAAGUUCUCCAUAUUCCUGAAUCCCGGUUGACAGCCUUUCAACGGAUCCAGCAGAUGAAACAACACUUCUGGUCCAGGUGGAGUAAAGAAUACGUCAGCGAACUUCAGCAACGUGUUAAGUGGAAGCAGACGCAGUCAGAUGUGCAGCUGGGCGGUUUGGUGCUAGUCAAGGAGGAUAAUACUCCUGCGUUGAGGUGGCGUCUGGGGCGAAUCGUUCGAGUAUUUCCUGGUGCUGACAAGGUGAACCGAGUCGCGGAAAUCAAAACUUCAAAUGGAACUAUUAAACGUUCUUUUGCUAAGAUAUGUCCGUUGCCCGUAGAAACUCAAAGUGACUAAUUCAGUUUAGUGGGGUUGAACACAGUGCAGUGCUUCAAGGUGGGGGGCAUGUUCGGAACUUUUGAUAUUCUUAGUUUUACCCUGCCCGGACUAACAAUUUAGCAACCAUUUAUCGACCGGACUAAUACAACGACGUCACCGUCGCGAGGUUUUAUGCGCACUUUUCGGCCGGUUCACGCUGGGCAAAAAAGAAAAAAUAUUGCGUCAGUUGGCUGGAUGAUUUGUCAGGGACCAUACGUUCUCCGUGCCCAGUCAAAACACAAAACGUGGUUUAUUUUUUAUGUAUUUAUAUAUUUAAAUUAAUAUUAAGUAGUAAGUCAUUCCCUUCAAUAUAUUAUGGCUUUGUGUGUUUAUAAAA